UCUCACUCAUCGAAAUUUAACAUUUAUCACAAUAAUGUUUUCUUUUCUCAUCCCAUUGCUGGAGGUUUUCAAGGUAGUUAUCGCUGCCGUGGCUUCUAUAGUCUUCUUAGGUUUAUCAGGUCUAACAUUCGCUUGUUCGGCCGCGGCAUUAACCGUAACCGCACCGCUUUUCAUCAUAUUCAGUCCGAUUCUCGUACCAGCCACGAUAGCCACUGCUGUCUUAACCUCAGGGUUUACGGCCGGUAGCAUCCUUGGAGCUAUGGCCAUCGCUCUCAUCAGCCGCAGGAUGGGACUAAAGCCAACUCUGUUUGUAAGAAGUUUGCCAACCAAAACUCUGUUUUCACUCCAGCCAAAGAUUAAUUAUGAUGGAACUUUUAAAGGAUCUUGGGGAGGAGGUUCGUCAACCCAAGCUUUGUCAAAUUUUAGUUAUGGAGGAACUUGGACAGCAACUUGGGGAGGAAGAACCUUUUCUGGAUCGUUUGGAGAUAAAUCUGGCGGUGGAAGUUCAUCCGCACCCGCAGGUGGAAGUACACCCGCACCCGCACCAGCAGCUGCAAGUACACCCGCACCCGCACCCGCACCUGCAGCUGCAAGUACACCUGCACCCAAAUCCAAAUCCAAAUCCAAAUCCAAACCCCCGAAGUAAACGGCAUUGGUCGAGCUGUUCCAACAUAUUGUGCUAUGGAUUCAAAAUUCUAUGACUGAAAACUAUUAAAAAAAA